CAUUAAGGUAGCAAUGAAAACAGGGGCUGAGGGACAAUUUUUUUUCUUGAAGCAAACUAAUUUUGUAAGAGGUUUCUAUAAAGUGCAGGGUGAAGGGGGUCGAUGGGACUUUGGGCUCGAUGGGGACCAGCGCGCCGCUGCACAAUCACAACUAAAAGAGCAAACCGACGAUGGGGUUUGUCUCAGUGGGGAAAAUGUUGUGUACUUAUUCUCAAAAGGACCUGCUCAUCUGUGUACGUGGCUACCGUCGGCUUCUUGGUAUUCAUGGGAGUUUUCCUUCUCUACCUGGUGGACCCGCUCACGUCGAACUCUGAGGGGAGCAGCGCGGUGACGCUCCUGAUAUGGACUCUCCCGUUUGGUCGCUACCGAAGUCUUCCUGAUUGUCACGCGCUCUAUCAAGUCGACGGGUGCACGCUCACCUACGACGGGCGCGCGUACCCAGAGGCUGACGCUGUCAUCAUUCAUCACCGGGAGGUUGCCACGGGCACAGCUGAUCUGCCAACUGAACCGCGACCGCGUGCGCAAAAGUGGAUAUGGAUGAACUACGAGUCCCCCACGCACACACCAAGACUGUGGCGUUUUGAGGGCGUUUUCAACAUCACAAUGAGUUAUCGGAUGGAUUCAGAUAUAUUCCUGCCGUACGGGUACCUGGUUCCCCGUGAACACACAAACAAGCGUCUCCAGAGCAGCUUUGCGCGCCCUCUCCGCGCUCCCUCCCGCUCACACCUCCUCCGGCCCCGCCUCUUGGCGUGGGUCAUUAGCAACUGGUCGGAGUCCCAAGCGCGUGUGGCCUUCUACCACCAGCUCCGCCGGUACCUUCAGGUGGACGUGUUUGGGCGCGCUGGCCGACCGCUGCCCGAGGACAGCGACAGCGGCAGCCUGGUGCGGCUGGUCGAACGGUAUCAGUUCUACCUGGCGCUGGAGAACUCACAGCACACCGACUACAUCACGGAGAAGCUGUGGAACGCGGUGCUGGCCGGUGCCGUUCCGGUAGUCCUGGGUCCUUCCAGGCAGAACUAUGAGCGCUUUCUGCCGCCCGAGGCCUUCAUCCACGUGGACGACUUCCCCACAGUGAGAGGGCUGGCACGAUACCUGGUGAUGCUGAGGCGCAACCCGGCCCAGCUGAGGCGUCACCUGGACUGGAGAGGGAGUUACAGCGUGCACCGACCCACCUUUUGGGAUGAGCACUACUGCACUGCCUGCAGGGCGGUGAGGAGGACCAGAGGCAGGACUGAUGUGGUCAAAGACUUGGAACACUGGUUUAACUCGUGAAAGAUGCUGCCUCACCAAAAGCAUCUGAACUGAUUGGAGACACAAGAGAUCAUUUGGAACCAGACUCCACCUAAAGACAAUCAUCUUUCAGUGUUCACAGAAAUCUGUUUAUCAACUGUUAAUUUUAUUUAAUUCA